GAUUUUAACCACUAAUGAUCCAAUUAUUCACAAUCACAAUAUUCAAAUAACAUUUUUCAAUAGACUAUGACUCCAAAAGUCUCCCUCACUAGUUAAUUGCCUUCCUUAGCUUGUUCCCUUCACGCCAUUUUCAAUUUCUCACCACAAACUCAAAUCCUUAAUCUUCCCCCUUGAUGCUACAACAACCCGUGAUUAGCGAUUGCGAAACCGACAGCUUGGUGAUCGAUCACAAAUGAACUUGGAAGAGUUGUUGAAGGAGCAAAAUGAGUGGAAUAAUGGAAAACGCAGUAGGUGGACUAAUAGCAUCAGAAACUCAUGGAAUGCUUGCACUACUAUUGUCACGUAUCGCCGACGAAAUCAAGCUAGGAUGGGAUUACACGAAAGAGUUAAAGGAGCUACAAAGUCAGUUCACUACACUAAGUUUAUUAUUAGAGGGUGCUUCCUUUCAAUCCUACAACAACAAUAGCCUAGUAAAUGAUUGGCUCAACAAGGUAAACGAUGCAGCCUACGAAGCAGAUGAUUUACUCGACGAGUGUUCGUAUGAUGCUUUGAAGCGUAGAGACCGGACUAGAAAGGCUAGAGGCAAGCUCAAAGAUGGAGUUAUUUCUUCCUUUUCGCGCUAUCAUAUGGCGCGUAGGGUGAAGAAGUUGAGGAAAUUGAUAGAUAAAAUAUAUAGUGAUGCUAAGGUUAUUGGCCUUAAACCAAUAAAAGUUGCUAGUGGUAAUAAUAAUAAUAAUAAUAGCACGUCAAGAUGUCAUGGUGAUGAGGUUGAAAACAGGACACAACAAAACCGGCGACAAUGGGUGGAUGAUCGGUUUCUUGUUGGAAGAGACGAGGACAUAACUCGGCUUGUUAGGUUGUUAUGUGACACUAGUGACACCGCGACAGAUUUAAACGUUGUUGGAAUUGUGGGCUUGGCUGGCUUAGGAAAGACGGCAUUGAGCAAACGAGUUGCUAAGGCACAAGAAGUGAUAGAAUGCUUCAAUUCUCAUGUUAUUUGGCUUGUGGUCUCUCAUAGCUUUGAUCAAAUCGAUAUUUUGAAGAAAAUGGUUGAGAUUCUUUAUGGAGAGGCUUCCAAUUUGUCGGAAAGUCAAGCAAUAGUAAAAAAGCUUCGCGACAAGCUCAAUGGGAAGAGGUACUUACUCGUACUAGAUGAUGUGUGGGAUACAUUUGAUUGGGAACCAUUUCGAUGUGCUUUGCAAGAAAUUAGUGGUUCCAAAGGUACUAGCCUUCUAGUGACCUCACGAGGGAAAAAUGUGGUGGCGAAGAUGGACACAUAUAGUUGUGACAACCAUGGUGAAAAUGUCAUACAAAAGGCUCAUAGCUAUCAGUUACAAGGGUUGAGUGAAGACGAUAGUUGGUCUUUAUUUAUGGCGAGAAUGAAUAAUGACUAUCUAGUGGGUGCUGGUUAUGAGGCAUACGUGAUAGCAAGGAGGAUGAUAAAGAAAUGUGGCGGCGUUCCUCUAGCCAUAAGAGCACUUGGAGACUUGUUAAGGGAACAAAAUAUAAAGGCAUGGAAAGAAAUUGAGAAAAGUGAUUUAUGGGAGAAAGAAGAUAAAUAUGGUAUUUUGCCUUCCUUAAAAUUAAGUUUCAUUUACUUGCCAAAUACGGCGUUGAGAAGAUGUUUUUCCUAUUGUGCCAUUUUUGGGGAAGACGAAGUCAUUGAAAAGGAUAAGUUAAUUCAAUUGUGGAUGGCACAAGGCUUCUUGCAACCAUGUGAUAAAAUGGAGUUAACAGGGGAAAAAUACUUGAACAUUUUGUUGAAUUGUUCUCUUUUUCAAGAAGCUGAAAUGGAUGAGCUUGGAAAUGCGGAGACGUUCAAGAUACAUGACCUUGUAUUGUCUCUUGCACGCGUUGUUUCAAGUGACUCGAAGUUUUUGAAUCUAGAAGAGAAGAUAAAGAUCAAUGAUACUUCAAGUGGGGUUCGACACCAAUCGACUACACUCUUUGAAGGAGAGAUCACGGCUGCAUAUUGUAAGCAAUUUCGUACAUACUAUUACAGUCCUCGGUCAUUUUAUCUAAGGGUGUACAUGAGUUUAAAAUUCUUGGCGCAUUCUAGGAGCUUAAGAGUGUUAUGUUUGUGUAAUCUAGGACUAAAGGAGUUGCCAGAGUCGGUUGGUUGCUUAAAACAUUUGAGGUAUCUAGAUAUCUCUGGGAAUGAGUUUGGGAUACUUCCGAAAGUGAUCACCAAAAUUUACCAUUUGCAAACAUUGAGAGUAUUAUCGAUUGGUAAGGUAUAUGGAAGAAAACACUUUCCAAUUCUUUCCAAAGAAGUUAGUAGUUUGGUAAAUUUGAGGCACAUUUGUGCCAGUAAAUACCCAGGCAUUGGUAUACCCUUAGGCUUGUGUCAUUUGACUGCUUUGCAAACUAUACCGGUAAUCGAUUUAAGAGAAGAUUGGGGUGGUAGAUUAAGUGAGCUAGGUCCAUUGGUUAACCUUAAGGGUACAUUGAACAUCCAAGGCUUAGAAUGUGUACAUUGUUUAGACGAGGCUCGAGGUCUAAAUUUGGGAAGCAAGUUGAAUGUUGAUAGGUUAAUCCUAAAAUGGUCUAGAAUUCAAGAUCAAUCAUACCAUAUGAAUAAUGAAAUCCUAGAAGCCCUGCAGCCCCAUGAGAGUUUGUCUACGCUUGAGGUUGGAUUUUACGGCGGUACAAGACUCCCUAGGUGGUUGAUGGAGAUGAAAGGCAUAGAAGGAUCACCACUGUACAACCUCGUCUCCCUAAGAUUGACUCAUUUUACAUACGCACUGGGAAAUCUUAAUGUUGAAAACCUUAGGUCACUAAGAUUUUUGUCAAUAAAACAGUGUUACUUGUUAACUGUUACAUUUCCAAAACAUGGGUUCCAAUGCUGCAGACUGCUAGAAGUACUGAUGCUAGAUGGUUGUAACAUUGAAAAUCUCCUGGACCUUUCGCCAUUAACCCGGCUUCGUGCACUAGGCAUCACAUCAUGUCAUGGAAGAAGAAAGUACAAAUUAGAGCUAGCAGGGUUGGCUAGUCUCCCCUGUUUACAAAAAUUGUACACUGAUGAACUGUUACCUACAGACUUGGUGAAAGAUAGUCCACUUUGCGAAUCGCUUCGGAUAUUGGAUUUGGCAUGUAGAGAUUAUUUGUAUGAUGGAAGGGAAACACUUCCUGUACAACUUCAGCAUUUAGAGGGACUUCAAACGCUGGAAAUAACCGAGUUCGAAUGCCUCGAAACGUUACCGGAUUGGUUAGGGAAACUGACAUCCCUUGAAAGGUUGAUGCUUGUUUCAUUGCCGAAGUUGAAGUGUCUUCCUUCACAAGAUGUUAUGCAAUCUCUCAACAACUUGAAGUAUUUACAGGUUAGAGGAUGUCCUUUGCUAGAGGAAAAGUUUAGCAAAAAGAAUGGAGAGUUGUUCAAAGUUAUACGUGUCCUUGAUGUUAGCUGGUUGAAUAGCGAGAGGCAGGCGUCAUCAUCAGUUGAACAAUCAUUUGUAGAGGAUAAAUUUAAUGUAAUAUCUAAAAACAAUAUGAGAAACUCAAUAUAGACAAAUUUGUACGGUACUCCAAUAGCAGGCACACAUGGAAAAUUGAACGAAGAUUAUUUCAUGCUAUAUAAUGACUCUAACUAAUGAAUCUAACAGUAUACGUUGGUAUUUCACAUGAUACUAACAACAAAUUAUAUCGAUAUCAAAAAAACAUUUUAACGCUCGUUGGUAUCACUGAAUAAGGUGGUUGGUAUCAUGGUGAUACUAUCUAAAGUAUAAUGAAAUACCAACAUGUGUUAUGGCAUUAUUUUUUUUCAAUUCCGGUAGAAGUGAUCGAAUGGACGAUUAUGCCAAAUGACUCUAAUAGUUAGAGUCCAAAAAUUCCUCAUAUAACGUUAUACAAUAUACAUAAUUGAUAAUGGAGAAGAGAGGACGAAGAUCGGAUAUCGAAACUACCACUGGAUCUCAAGCACCAAAUAUUGUACUAUCUUCCCACCAAAGAGGCUGCUGCAACUUCCGUGUUGUCGACAACACAUCCUACUUACUCACCCUGACCUUAGAAAUUCUCACGAACAAAUUAUCAUUUUCAUCGAUCAUUACAUCUUUAAAAGA